AUGGGUAAAUCGUUCGCGGAAGCUAUCAAAAUCGGUGAAAUGGUGGAAAAUGGAUUGAAAACAGGCAGAAUCCUAAGCCAAUCCGCUAUUAGAGCAACAUCCCAAGCCAUUCAGGGUGGGUCUGGAGGAGUAGCAAAGGGCAAGAAGAGAGAAGAAACAUCCAUGGCAGCAUCAGGUGCAAGAAGACACCGUGCUCCCAGAUCCAUGUUCCCAGAAAGAACCCCUCAGCAUUAUUACCCUCACCAGGACAUGCCCGUACCUCUAAACAGGCAAAACCCAGAAUCACCCUCCUACCAACGGGGCACCCGAUGCGCCUAUCACUCAGGGGCUGAGGGGCAUGAUAUAGAAAACUGUUGGACUUUGAAAAGAACCGUGGAGGAUUUGAUUGAACAGAGGAAGAUAGUGUUAAGGGUCGAGGAUAUACCCAAUGUGACCAACCCCCCACUGCCGGCCCACAACAACGGGCUGGUAAUCGGAAUGAUCUGUGAAGAUAAGGAAUUUGACCCGGCAUUGAAGGCCAUCAUCGCCAUUGCUGAUGUAGAGAGGAAACCAAAAACUUCCCCAAAGCAAGACGAAGGGGAGAAAAAGAACAAAACCGCCCACUCAAAAUCAGAGAAGAAAAUUGAAGCAGGAACUGGGGCAGCACCCGCCAAAGAUGCUGUACUCUAUGUCCCUCGGGGCCGCAAGGAAAAGCAGAUGACUUUGAGUCCUCCUAGGAGAUUUGAACUGAACAAGGCGACCCAAAUGUACAUGCCCAAGGGAGCUUAUGUGGUGCGGGGGUCAAUUAAUCCGCCAAGGCUGAGUGAGCCCGUGGUUAUUGGCCGCGCGCCACAGAGGCCCAUGACAGAUCCUACAACGGUGCCUUGUAACUACCAUAAAACAGUGGUGACCUAUAAGGGCAAAGAAAUCUCAGGAGAAGUUCAAGAAAAUAACCCAACUGAAAAGUAUUUCAAUUUGGAAGAGGUGAACAAUGCCACUAGGAAGCGCUUCCCAUCUAAGAAGCCCAUGAGUGCUGAAGAAGCGGAGGCCUUCUUUCAAAAUAUGAAAAUGGCAGAUUAUGAAGUGAUUGACCAGCUUCGAAAAUCUCCCGAACAAGUCUCCUUAUUAUCUCUAUUGAUGAGCUCCACCAAACAUCAGAAAGUAUUGAUCAAAACCCUUAACGAAGCAUAUGUGCCUGUCGAGAAUUCUGUAGAGCAGUUGGAGAGAAUGGCAGAAUGA